AAAUAGCGACUUCUCAUACAUCGCUAGAUGAACGGGGCGAGCGUUAGGUGAUGGCCGAUAAUCUACUUCUCUGUUGAAACGCUUCACCAAAUCACCCAAAUCAUUUCUAAAGUCAAGAGAAAAUGGGCUUCUCGACAUUAUUUGGCUCCAAGACCAUCACAACGGACUCAAAGUUGCCUGGCAACACGUUGAUGAGCAGCGAUGUCGAGCAGCAGUCACACGACAGGUAUCGACACUUGUGUCGCGAGCCUGGCGAGGUUGUCGUCAGGUCGAGGCCCGCCUUGCGUCUCGCAAUCCUCUCUUUCGUCAUUACCGUCGUCUGCUUUCUCAUCGUCGCCGCCACAGCUGUAGUCGUCGUCGUACGCAGUCACGUGGCUGCUAGACAAGAGAGCGAGGAACAGACCUGUGUCCCCUGCCUCCAGCUGACCCCUGACCCCACUAGCGAGGUGAAGUCGAUGUUGUUGGAGACGUUGGACGUCCAUGUCGAGGCAGACGAAGAGAUUUGUUGCGCAAGGACACGUUCACAGUAUGCCGCAGUGUUCAAACUGAUUUUACUGAGACAGCAAGGGGCUCGACACCUGGCAGAAAUUUUGAAAGAGUCCGACUACAGUGUGUACAACAAGAGCUCGGCUGUCUCAGCUCAUCUUAUUCUCAACUCUGCCGCUAACAGAGGAGAGUCCCCCCAAAAGCUUGUGCAGCGUUGGCGAGCUCCAGAAGAUUCAUCAUUUUCUCACGUGCGCCCUGGUCUGACGUUCCGAGACAACGCCAUCUACGUGGUCAGCCCCGGCCUGUACUACGUCUACUGCCACAUCCUCUUUGAUCUCGAAGACGAAGAGAAGGGAAGUAACUCAAGACUUGUCAGCAGUUAUGUCCUUCGUGACAGCCUCAUCUCACCGGAAGCCUCAGGCAUACUGAUGAAAACACGUCACUUCCGGCACGACGACGUGAAUGAUCGCCAUGGUAACUACGUCGGCCGACUCGUCUUGCUUGACAGGGGAGACAAUUUGUACGUGAAAGUUUCCGAUCCGUCCCUCGUGUCCAGCGAUGAGAAAUCGAGCUUCUUUGGUCUCUUCAGAGUUGGUGAUGCUUGAGUCUGGGCUGGAGGCUGUUGAGUGCCGGCACUGGAGGUGAAGAAAGAACAAUGACUUGAAUGCAGACAUUUUGCUACAGCUCUCAGGGGAUGUGUCUAAAGUCUAUAAUUGAGGUAAAUGUACUGAGUCCACUUUAAGGACGAUUAUAUUUAACGAGUAACUUUCGAUGUAUGUUUUGCUAAGUCAAUCAUGAUGUGUUAACAAAUACACAAAACGACAAAAAUAAAAGUUAAGCUACUAUGACAACAAAA